GGUUUUACUGAGAAAAUGGCGGAAAGGCGACGGCGAAAGAAUAUUUCCGAAGCCGAGAGCGAAGAGGAUACGAGACAUGAUCGAACACACGAUGAUAAUGGAGAUGAAGUAGCAGAUGAUAAUGAUCUAAAACGGAAAGUCAAGAAUGAAGAAGAAGAUGAAGAAGAAAGUGAAGAGGAAGAAACAGAUGAAGAGGAAAGUGAGGAAGAGGAUGAUGAGUCGUAUGAUGAAGAGGAUGAGAGUGUCAUCAUUGAAGGUGAUGAUGGAAUUGAUGAGGAAAGACAGAGUGGUGACGGAGAGGAGCAGCCUGAGGGCAAUGAAGCUGUUGAUGAUGAUGAAGACAAGAAGAAUCCGGCUUAUGUCCCCAAGCAGGGAGCAUUUUAUGAACAUGACAUGAGGAUAUCAAUGGAUGAACAGGAAGAAGAUGAAAAGAAACCAAAGAAAAAGUUAUGGAAAGAUGAAGGAAAUUGGCAGCAUGAUAGAUACAAUGAGGCUAUGCAGGCUCCAAAGACGCGGGCUGAGUUGUACAGUGUGUAUGGUUAUGACAUCACAAGGAGUGACAAAGCCCCAGACGCCCCUCCCAGGAGCAAUCAAUCCAGAGGUCCUCGAUCCAAACAGAGGUCACGAUUCAGAGAUUUUAUACCUGAAGGAGAUUACGUACAAAAUAGAAAUAGCUACAACAGUCUAAAAUCAGGUGGGAGACGGGAGUAUGAUGAGAAUGGAAGAGGUGGGCGGGGCUUCUCCAGGAGAGGGGGAGACAACUACCGGAGGAACGACAGAUACAGGAACGAUAACUCAUACUACAACAACAGGAACAGAGGUUAUAAUAAGUCUGGUCAGGGAGAUUUCAACAAUAGGGAAGAUUUUCCAGACCUAGGAUACAAGGAAAAGCCCAGGCGAUCUGAUGAAGGCAGAGGAUAUCAGAAUGAUAGACGCAGUGAUCAAGACUACCAUAAUCGAGGGUUUCAGAAUGAUAGGAGGAAUGACCAGGAAUAUCAUAGUCGAGGUGAACGUUUCAGUCAAGAUCGAGAUAAUAGGGGUCCUAGGGAUAAUAGAAACAGUUCAGAGAGGGAGAAUCGUUCAUACAAUAGAGACAACAAUGAACAAAUUUAUUCUGAGAAAAGUGAUUAUGACAGUCGUUCAGGCAAAGAUAAUAGAUCAAGUGCCGAAAGGACAUCAUAUCCCAGAGAGGAAAGGAUAAGUCCUGAACAAGAGGGAAGGUCAUAUAAUGACAGUUAUAGACGAGGGAGGGGGUCAAGAGGAGGCAGGGGCAGUAGGAGACCUGGGGGGAGAAAAACUGAACCGGAGAGAAACUUUCCCCCAGAGAGGAAUUUCCCUCCACGGUUUCAGAGAAUGAAGCAAAACAUGGCAGCUGCAGAGGGUGAUCCCUCCCUUCAGCAGGGGGCAGGGGGAGAUGAGGAGGUGUAUAUGUCCCCACCUGAGUCUCCACCUGAGGGUAAGCAGGGUUUUCCCCCUCCCCCUCAGAGAGAAAGUCAGCCUCAGGUGGCACCUGUAGCAGAGUCAUUAAUUGUACAGAAUACUGGGGAGCGUAAGUCUUACUCCAAAGAACGGCGUGUCAAGUCAGGACGGGGACCAGAGGAGCCACCCCCGCCAGUGGUUCCAGAGGAGGCGGCACCACCACCAGAGCCACAGGGAAAGCAAGAGGAAGUUAUCCAGUCCCAGCAGUUUGACAACAAAACGUACAGUAAGCAGGAUCAGGGAGGUAAACCUAAGCGCUACUCCUCCCAACGACAGCGUAACAUGCCUGACGUGGGGGGAUUCACGGAACAGCCAAUAGAGGGUCAGAAGGCAUUCUAUCCUCCAGACACUGUUUUCAUCAAAGGACAUGAAAACCCUCUCUCAAACUUUUACCUUUGUGCAAUUAAAUGGGAUAACAAUCAUUUCGCUAGUGCAGAACAUGCAUAUCAAUUCAGCAAGGCUGUAUUUCAUAAUAAAAAAGAACUGGCCGAGGAGAUGAGAAAAACCGAGGCUGCAAAUAAAGUCAAAAUGUUGUCAAAGAGCAUAAAUCCGUCUGAAAAAUGGAUCAAUACCAGAUGUAGUGUCAUGAAAGAUAUACUUAUAGAAAAAUUUAAACAAGUGGAGCCCUUCCGUACUGCCCUUCUGGCAACAGGGAACAAACCACUGGCUCACGAUGUCGCGAGUUUAUUCUGGGGAACCGGAAAAAACUUCAACGGCCAAAACAUGUUUUGCAAGCUGUUGAUGGAAGUCCGAGACCAAGCACGGGCUCAGAUGUCAAGCCAAGCCAACUUCCCCACACACCCUAACCCUGCUAUACUCCGACCCCCAAUAGCUACAGUGGCAUUCCCCAUGAAUGCUGUACCAAGUGCUGCAAUGUCUACUCCUCAACACAUCUUCCCUGGGAACCAGCCAGCUGCCAUGACAACACAAGUUCAAAUGAUCCCCCCUCAGUACACCAACACAGGGGUUCUGUAUCCAGCAGCCCCCAAUUUUCCGGUGCCCCCCGUUCCUUUAGCUGGAUUCGCUCCCAUGGGAAAUCACCCACCAGCAUUAGCCACCCAUCAACAAGGCUACCCCUCACCCCCAGGGACUCAACCCACAUCAGUGGGGGCCCAACAAAGCCCAACACAGUCAGGACCACAGGAGAUGUUCCGAAACCAAACAGUGUAUUAUCCUCCCGAGUUACAAAUGCGAGGCUCAAGAGCAACACCAAAGAGGGCAAAGGCUGCCAUUCCCAUUGUCAAUCCAAAGGAAGUGAAAAGGGAAUUUCAGAGAGAAGACUAUGUAGCAGAGGAAAUUGUGUCACAAGAAGAUCAUAUAGAACAGAUGCCCCCUGAGGGGUUGGAGUCCUCAGAGGAGCAGGUGCCCCCUGUAGGGCUGGAGUCUUCAGAGGAGCAGGUGCCCUUUGAGGACCCCACAGUUUCCAGAGAUAGUAAGGAAUUGGAUGAGGACUUACAAGGUCAUAAUGAGGCACCAUCAGGGGGCACAGAUAUUGUAAAAACUGAGGACAGUACGAUAGAUGAUAAUAUUAAUAAUUCAAACAAUAUAGUGGUGUCAGAAGUUUCAGAAUCUGUUUCAAGUACAGACAAAGAAAAUGAGGACACAGAGAGCUCAGUUGUGGUGAAAUCAGAGCCCGAGUGUAGCAUAAAUCAAGAGAGUAUAGAACAUACUGGUGAAAUUCCACCAGAAGCAAGUGUAAAAACUGAGGAUGUUGGAGAAACGGUAAAGAAAGAAGAAAGUGAGGAAUCACAAACUCUGGAGAUCAAAACGGAGCAAACUGUGGAGAUCAAAACGGAGCCAGUAGAUGUGGAGUUUGAGACGGAACAGAAAGAUUCCGUGGAAUCGAAUGCAGAAACGGUUCAGGUGAAAGAGGAAGAGGAAAAUGCUAGUGAUAAUGAGAGCUUUGCUGAUGCCAAAGAUGAGUUGGAGAACAAAACAGAUAAACAAGAGGAUGGAGACCCUGUCACAUAAAGUGUGUGUUAAUAUUGUACUGUAAUCUGACUUACCUAUGUGUGGGACUUUCUCAAGCUUGUUGUUUCAAAGCAGGUUUUUCUUUGCUUUUUUAUUUCUAACUCAAAUCUGGUUGUCAAUGCUUAAUAUAAAGCAGUUAUGAUAAAAGAUUUUGAUGAAAGGAAACUGUUUUACAUACUCCCCUAUUAUUACUUCAAUGACAUACUGUAAAUAUAUGCAUAUGUAGGCAGUAUCCUUUUUAGAUUAUUGUUUACAUGUGAAAGAGUGUAAAUUCAUGUAAUGAAAAGGGUAAAGGUAUCGUGAUAGAUUAAGAUAAAUAUUUAGAUGAACCGAGUGAGCUCAGCUGUUUUGGAAAUUAUUUUGAGAAAGAGAUCUAGAUUUUAAACAUGUACAAGUGCUAUAUAUUCAUGCUUGUUGUUUUGUGAAAAAAAGCACAGCAAUUUUAUGCAUACAUACAUAUUCUCUCACAAUAAAAACUUAAAACAAAAAACAUCAAGGCAAUUUUGAGGGUGCAUCAAAAUUUUCUAUUAAAAAAAAUCUUUCGCAAAUAUUGUGUGAAAUACUAAUUAAAGAGUGUACGCCUCCAGAAAGUUGUACUAAUCUUUGGUCUGUUUAUGAAUUGUACAUUUACUGUGUAUUUAUUUUCAAGGUUCAAGUUUGUUAUUGUUUUUCCUUAUCAUGAACUAAUCACUUUUUGUACCAUUAUUCAUGCACUGCUAAAAAUCCUUGUAAUACAGUAUUUGUAUAGAAAUACUACCAGUAAAUGCUACUUGUUGAAUGUAGUAAUGCUACAUGUUGAAAUAAAAAACUUAAGUUCUCUAUCUCUGAAUUAUAAUGGUUAAUAGUUUUUUGAACACUUUUCCUCAUGAAUUUUAGAUGUUGCACUUUUCCAUUUCUAUGUUUUGUUCAUUUUUUUUUUUUUUAUAGAACAUUACUCUCUGUAUAAAUGAAAUUUGACUCGUUUCAUUUUAAGGGGAGUAAAUUUGUUAUAAUUUCACUUUGUAUAUGAUGGGUGCAUAAAAUGUGCAAUUUAUGUAACUUUGUAAAAUAUCAGUUUUGAAGAUAUGAAGAUGUAUAUUAAGAUUUGAUAUCUUGUUUUUGGAUUUAUAUAAAAUAUUUUAAAAAAGAAUGUAAAUACUAAGUAAAUCUUUAAUAGAUUAUUUUGUUAGAAA